ACCAACCUACCUUGCUCGUCUUGCUCAUCUAUGGCAUAUCUCUAAUAUAAGAUUAUUAAAGUCUCUAAUAUUGGUUAUUCUCAAAAUUUUAUCGUUAUUGGAUAAGGGUAUCUGCUCAUUAUACGUUCCGGUCGAUAAUUUCCCGAGUUGGGUCUUGAUAACAUCUUUAGUAAUACACCUUUCGGUUUUGAUGCCAUCUGAUGAAUGAAAAUCUCGACUGAGCGUAGAUUCUACGCAUUUUAGUUGGUAAAGCAUUGAUCUAGUAUGACCGAACAUUGCUCCAGGGCAAGUGCGAGCUCCAGUUCAAGUCUAAACAGUAGUACCCAUGAUACAGAAGAUGACCAAACUAUUGCCAGAAUAUUAGCAGAAAACGAGAGUUCAAGGUCUGAUGGCAAGCUUGGCAAAAGACUCUCUCAUUUGGACUCAAUACCGCACAAUCCCCGAGUUAAUGGCGAAAUACCUGAUGUAAAUGAUGCAACAUUAAACCAUGAGAGGCUGUCUGAAAGGUUGACUACAUAUGACUUAGCAGAACUACAAAUAGAGGGAGAUGGAAAUUGUCAGUUUCGAGCCCUUGCCGAUCAGCUGUUUGGCGAUCCAGAUUACCACAAACAUGUAAGAAAGGAUGUGAUCAAGCAGCUAAAGAAAUUCAGAAAGUUAUAUGAAGGUUAUGUGCCGUUGAAGUACAAAAGCUACCUAAAGAAGAUGAAAAAAUUGGGGGAAUGGGGGGAUCAUAUUACCUUACAAGCAGCAGCAGACCGUUUUGGUGCCAAGAUUUGCUUAGUCACUUCUUUUCGAGAUACCUGCUACAUUGAGAUCCUUCCCAAGGACAGGAAUCCUACCAAAGAGCUGUGGCUGAGCUUUUGGAGCGAAGUUCACUACAAUUCAUUGUAUGCAAAUGGAGAUGUUCCAACUAGAGCACCCAAGAAAAAGUAUUGGCUAUUCUAGAGACUCCAGCAUGUUAUAUAAUUGAAUUUGUGGGUUAUUCUCCUAUGGUCUGCCCCCAGUAUGAUAACUUGAUGCUUUGGUGAGCUAGCCUAAAAGUUUCUGAGAACUUGUAUAGAAGUGAGAUUCAUUUGUUCCCUUGACUUUUGGUUCCAUGAGCAGUGAAACCGGGCGAUGGUCAUCUGAACUGCCCCUGGUUAACUGACUUCCUUCUGUGACAUUAAUAAGAUAUAGAGGUGAUACUAGAGUGAAUGAGACAAUAAAAUAGUAUUUGCUCUUCCGGAUA